AUGGACGCCAUGUCAAAAAAGUAUGGGAGACGCUUUCUCACGAGAGUCUGUCCUGUUUUGUCUCGUCUUGCCUCAGGGUCUAACUACUCUUCCCCUUCACCUGGCUGCCACUUACAGGAGAGUAAAGAGCAUGCAGACUCUGCUGACAGCAGGAGCCGACCCUGAAAUAAGGUCUGCACACACAUACCUAGCCAAGAAGUAGUGCUAGAGUAUUAUGGGGACCAGCUCGGUCAGACUACUCUGCAUUUAGUGAUAGCCAGCUGGCCGAGCAUCAGCCCAAAACCAGGCUCCAAGUACCAGACUACUGUGGCCGGAGUGAGGAGGCAGGCAGAGGCCUGUCUGCAGCUCCUCUGUGAGCACGGGGUCAACGUCAAUGCAAAGGUGGAAAAUGAUGGGAGUCAGCAGACAGCCCUCCACCUGUCUGUCCGCUACAUGGCUCUAUCUGCUGUUCACGUCCUGUCCUGCUGUGGAGCUGAUGUGAAUGCUGUGGACAGCAAUGGGAUGACGGCUCUACAUAUAGCAGCUGGAAUCCUCCAUAAGGACAUCAUGGUCAGCUUGAUCAAGGAGGGAGCAGAUAACAUGGGGGUGAAGCACACUGGGAACACUCCUCUGCACAUGGCUGUCGUAGCGUUGGCUAUGAAAACCAUGCGAGACGACACCAGCUGCCUCACUGAGCUACUGGAGCAGGGGGCCGAGGUCAACGUCUUGAACAACGCCGGGAUGACGCCUUUACAUUUGGUGUGCAGCAUGGCCAAAAAAGAGCUGGUGGACCUGCUGCUCAGGUAUGGAGCUAACAUCAACAAGCUGAACAGAGCCGGGGAGAAUGGUCUGUUCCUGUUCCUGAACCACAGGCUGAAUGUGAGGAACCACUCUCUACUGGUGAAACUCCUCAGCCUGACCUCACCAAACACGAUCUUCAAUCACAACGGCGACCUACCCUUCACCUUGACUCUACCGUGCUUCUUCAAACAGAGAGACCAGCUACUGAAACUCAACAAGCAGUCACGGAGGCUUCAGGAUAUCUGCAAGAAGGACAUUUAUCUAAAACAUGUCCAAGGCACGAGAGAAGAGCUGAGAAAAGUCCUGCCUGAGAAGCUUUAUGACUUUGUUUUCAACUACUGGGAGGAUUCACACAUUUCCUUUGAGACAGACGGUGACCAGGACUCCUCUCAUGACUUGUUUCACAUUGCUCCAAAUUGACACGUGCAAGCAAAUCUUGCAUUGAGCCACAGAUAUACCUCACACAUGUGCUAAUGUAAAAAAAAAGCACCUUACCUUCAGAUCUCUGUGCAUGAUUCCUCUGGAGUGAAUGUACUCCACUCCUUCAAGUAUCUUCCUCAGCAGGCUGAGUGUGUGUUCAGUGUCAACACAUCCAUAAGGACCUGGAAAUACAAAGCAAUGCAAUACAUUGUAUUUGCUUAUAUUUGUGAUAAUCUGUAAUGUAUAAUAACACGGUUUUCUUAAGUGUGUUUACAUCUCGGGGUUUGUUCUUCUUUUGGCUUGGUGUUCCUCUCAGAGAUCCAGUCCUUCAGCGAGCGCUCGCAAAGCUGCAUCUGGAUGUAGAGCAUGAGGUGGAACUGGACCUGCAGAUAGAAACACGACAGAAAACUUAACAUUGCUUUGCUUUUAAAAUGCAAGUCCAUUCUUCUUCCUUUUGUACCUUUUUAUCUGUACAUUGCUGCUGUGACUCUGUAAAUGUGUGACGAAUAAAGGCUUCUGAUUUUGACUCCUCUGACCCCUGAAAGCCUUGUUCAGCACCCACCUCUUUAGAAGGCUUUGUGGUGCGAUGCUCAGCCCACUCCUGGAACUCGUUGUCGAUGCAGGAGUUGUUGUUCAGCUCGAUGCUGUUCCUGCUGGACCCGUCCUCUAACAGCGCUGAGCUGCUCAUGGCGGGACAUUUGGAGCUCUUCGGGGGUCCUCGCUGUCCCAGGAACACACAGGGGACGUAGUUAUUGGGAAUCCGCCGCAUCAUUUUGGGACAAACCACCUGGCCAUUCUCUGCUGUUGGGACUAAAGCUGUGACGGGCUCCGUCUCUCUUGGUGGAUCAUUCCCUUCUGAAUCUGUAGCUGCUUGACUCUGGCUUUGGAAAACUAUUGAUGAAGAGUGGCUGCUGCUGUCAGAGCUCACAACAGAGCUGUGAAGGAAAGAGGCGAGAUAGAUUGAG